AAUGGAAGAAAUCGAAGGAGAUCCAUUUGAAGUAUCAUUGAAAGUAUGUCAGCUGAUCGAUUUAGGAAUAGCGGGGAUUUUUGGACCUCAACAAAAGGAGGUUGACGAAACCGUACAAAGUAUAUGCAAUACAUUAGAAGUGCCUCACAUUUCCGUGCGACAGGAUUCUAGUCAAUUUUUUGAGCCACGUGGGUUACGUUUGAAUCUAUUUCCGCACGUGAGUGUGUUAUCACGAGUGUAUGAUCAACUCGUCACAGAGUUUAAAUGGAAAUCAUUUGCAAUAUUAUACGAGAAUAGCGAUAGUUUAAUUCGCAUGCAGCUUUUAUUAAAGCGAUGGGAUACACAAGGCAAUUCUGCAUUUCUGUAUCAUUUAGGCGAUGGACCAAAUUAUAG